AUGCCUGAUCAAGUGAUGAAAAUCCUGAUGUUGCAUGGGCAUGACCAAUCGGAACAAAUAUUUAAGCCCAAGGCUAGGUAUAUUGAAGCGGCAUUCCAUUCCUUUGCGCAAGAGAAUGAAGUCGUAUUCGAAUUCAAAUAUCUGUCGGGAAUAUUGCCUGCGCGCCCUGAUCAACCUGAUGGUCACGAGAAGUGGGUAUGGGGGUAUGGGGAUCCGAGUGACGGUGAGAUUACAAACAUCGAGCUGUCCACUCAGCAUAUCCUUGCGACUUUACACCAAAAAGGUCCAUUUGUAGGCAUUGUUGGGUUCUCAUCCGGAGCUGCAAUGGCCGCUAUUAUUGCAUCGCAUCUUGAGAAGAGAAGCAUGUUCAACGAUCAGCCAUGGGUUACAGAGCAUUCGGCACUUCGUUUCGCGAUUUGUCUCAGCGGAUUCCGGCUAGGACCUAUUUAUGACAAGUUCUAUGAACCUACGAUCCGUACGCCAAUAUUAUUAGCGAUUGGAUCCUACGACACGGUCAUUACAGCGGAGGACUCUCAUAGUCUUGCCAAACACUGUCAGUUUGCGCGAAUUUUUGAGUUUUCUGGUGUCCACUAUGUUCCGCAAUUCAAAGAGUCUCGCGAGUUCCGCAAGACCCUUAAUGAUUUCCUGAGGAGUUUCUUUUUGAUCCUCCAGCACAGCAAGCUCCAAGGUUGA